AUGCAUCUGACAGCUCUUGAGGUUGCUUUCUCAAAGACUCCCCAGGAGAUCGCUGCUUAUGUCUCUACGUUGCGACCCUCUAUUCCCGAGAUUGUCAACUACCCAUACUCACACCGAUCUCGUCUUGUUAAGCCAAUGGUCUCUUAUGAUCUGUCUGCUUUUGCUCUCUCAUUCCUGCCCGCUUCAGGUGAACCUUCGCUCUCACCACCUCUUACUGAGCCUGUUGAAACAGAAGGCAUCACACAAGGAGACAACUAUACUUACCAUCACCUGCGCCGGGACGUGUAUGAUAAAGUCCAGGAGGGUGGCGUUGUCGUUGGCUCAAGGUAUCAAGUUCCCAGUGCACACAUCACGCUUGGACGUUAUUUGAACCAUGACGAUCAUGACACGCCGGAAAAGAGGGCAGCCUGGGUCAAGGCUAUUGACGAGGUCAACGCUUGGCUUGAGAAGGAGGUUUGGGAUAACCCGGACUCUGAAUACAAUGGUGAAUGGCUUGUCGGACACGAGAGAGGACUUGAUGCUCGAAACGGUACGCUGUGGUACGGAGGCGGCAAGACCAUCAUGUUGGGAGAAGGAUUUUGA